GCAGCACGCACACAGCUGGAUGGAUAGCAACGUCUCCGCCACAGCAGUAGAAGGAUGUGAAUUUCCGACAUUUCUCAAGUUUGACACUAAAAGAAAGCAGCGGCGGGACUCAGCUCGACUAACCGGGUUUACAUACAGGUGGUGCAAAUAACGGCUGGAUACUAACACAGCACGCGGCAGCCGUUUGAAAACAAACUGCUUCAUUUUAAUGAGUUGAUUUUAAGAUUAAGACAGAUAGCUACUGCCCAUCCGUCCAGUGAGCUGUAGACAGACACAGGCAGUCAUGAUGGAGUCUAUCUUAGACAGUUUAACAGCAGAGAAACUCUAUCCUUCCGGAGGGACCAACCUGUUGGACCUGGAGGAACUCAGUGACGGAGAUUUCCUCACUAAUGUGCCUUUUUCAGGUGACCAGAUGGACGACUUCAGCAGUGAAUUAUUCAGCAGUUUCUUUGAUGACCAUCUAUUAGAGCGGCCCCUUCUGGCAGACAGACCUUCACCUUUACACAUGGACAUGGACAGCAGCCCAGAUAUUCAAGCAGAGCACAGCUACUCUUUGAGUGAAGACUCCGCCCCCCAGAGCCCAGCCCUGUCAAUCAAAAUGGACCAUGAAUCUGAAUUUGAAUGGAACUUCAGUCAGGACCUUUCAGCCAUCUUGGUGAAACAGGAGGAGCCUGAUGUGGGUCAAAGGCUAGAUCCUCAGCCUCUGGAAGGCCCACCUCUCAUAUUAAGCCCUGCCCCCCCACACAGAGGGUCGCCAUGGAAACACACGGAGCGCAGUCAAGACAGUGUGAAGCCAGUGGCCAUAAAAGAUGAACCCAGAGAGAUUGGACAGUACCUCAGCCUGCCCAGCGAGGACGCUCUCCAGCUCCCACCCACCCCUCCCAGCAGUAACCACGGAGACAGUGACGGCUCCCUCCCUCCCUCCUCCCCACUCCUCCCUCUGCCACCGUCUUCCCCACAACCACAACAGAGGCCAGGAGGUCGUGCCUCCUCUUCUUCCUCUUCCUCCUCUUCCUCAGCCAUCUCUUCUUCACCUCUCCUCACUGCACCACAUAAGCUGCAGGGUUCAGGUCCCCUCUUGCUGACAGAAGAAGAGAAGAGGACCCUGGUUGCUGAGGGUUACCCGGUACCUAAUAAACUUCCUCUAACUAAGAGUGAAGAGAAGGCACUGAAGCGAGUCCGACGGAAGAUUAAAAAUAAGAUCUCUGCUCAGGAGAGUCGGAGGAAGAAGAAAGAAUAUGUGGAAUGUCUGGAGAAAAAGGUGGAGAGCUACACGUCAGAAAACAGCGACCUGUGGAGAAAAGUAGAAAACCUGGAGACCGCCAACAGGUCUCUCCUACAGCAGCUCCAGAAACUUCAGUCAUUGAUUUCAGGGAAAGUUGUCCCCCGCUCUUGUAAAAUGGCCUCAACUCAAACAGGGACAUGCCUCAUGAUGAUGGCUGUGUGUUUUGUCCUGGUGUUGGGCUCCUUCUCCCCCUGCCUCUCCCCCCUCACCUUCCUCACUGACACCUCCUCUUUGUCCUCAUCCUCCUCUUCCUCUCAUCCCUCCUCCUCUCCACCUCUCCCGUCAGCGGACCUCUACACCACCAGUCAGGUCCGUUCCCGCAGCCUGCUCUUCUACAAUGAAGGGGCUCCACUGGAGGAGAGUUCAGAGACAUCAGAAGGGGAGAGGCUACAGUCAGAGGGCCAUUCCCACAUCCAGACCAGCCGAUACACAGUUGACGCACACAGCAACCAGACAACUGGGCCCAAGUUAGACCGGAGAGAAACAAAACCAGACGGAGUCUCCGAGUUCUUCUGACACAGCUUGACCCCUCCUCCCAUGACUUCUCACCUCUGACCCCUAAAAAGCCCUAAACCUCCAGAUUCCUGAACUUCAUCAUCCAACUGGACCAAAAUCUACAGUCAGUUUACCAUCAUCCCUUUUUAGUGAGCCAAGACUUCAGACACUGCAGUCCUCACGUCCUCCACAGCUACGUGGCGCUUCACUUCUCUGCUUAAACAGAAUCUGCUACACCUGAAUAGACUUGAUUUUAAAGGGACCAUUUUAUUGGAAUUUCCAUUUUUAUGCAUUCAAAUUUAGUAUAAUUUUAAAUAUCCAAUUAAUCUAUUAAUGUUUAGUUUAAACAAUCAUAAAGAAUAUUUAGUAUUUUAGAGAUACAUUAAAAACAUAAGGCCUUAAUUAAAGAACCUCGAGACAAUAUACAGGUACUUACAGAUGCAAUUUGUAGCAUUUUAACAAAACUAAUUCAGCACCACAAACUAGUCAGACCACUGCCAAGAAGACAGAUGCGAGCCACUUAAGCUGCGAUGAUGUGAAAAGAGUAUUGUCUUAUCAUGUCAGGACAGACCUAAAACAAUUAUUAGCUGCUUUUGGCUUCCAGGAUCGGCUUCACUUUCUCUCCACAACACAUGCAGUGUAGCGUUUCCAAUUCGAGGGAAAGCAACAACAUCCUCUUUGCCAGAGCAAGCAAAGAGCUUUAUGGGAAAUGUGGUUUUAAUGUUGAGAGAAACAGAAUGAUACAGCUUGCGCCUUUAACAAUUCAUGAACAUAAAUAUAUAUAUAUGGAAACUUGACGGACCUCCACUGUGGGAUUGUAGUUUAUGUUAGCACAUGGUGCUCGUAUUUUACCUCCAAGGCACUCUAGAUGCAUUACAUCGGAUGACUGAUUACAGAUGAAACUAUUGGUAAUUUUUUUGAUUAAUCAAUUAAUCGCUUAGUCUACAAAAUGUCAGAAAAUAGUAAAAGAAAAAAAAAGCCUGUCACAGUUUCCCAGAGCACAAGAUAACAUAGAUAAUCAGUGAAUCCUCACAUUAGAGAAGCUGGAACCAGAGAAUAUUUGGCAUUUGACUGACUUAAGUCAUUAAUCGGUUAUCAAAAUUGUCGCUGAUUCAUUUUCAUCAACUAAUCAAAUAAUCAUUUCAGCUCUGUGUUAAUAACAGUACAUAAUGAAUGCAACAUGUGUUGCUACUAACAUGUUAGAAAACUAGACAUGCUGGUGUGAAAAUAAACGCAUCCUUUUUAAAAGGAAGCUGUGCCAUUUUAAAAGUGCCUUCCACUUACUUCAGUCAAAUAUGACCAACUUGGCCUUAACACCUAAAGCCCACGCACACAACUAUAAACCUGGAAACGUAACUCUAACUAGAUUACACACUGUUUGUUUAAAUCAGGGCUGGCCUCAGCCUUUUGAGGCCCUGGGUGAGACUCUUUCUAGCUCUCGUUUCUUUUAACUGAUCAUAAACUGGAUGAAUGUAAAGGAUUCAGUUCACAUGCAUGCGGAUGUAUUUGGGGGGAAUAGCAGUAAAAGCUUGGCAACUUCACCUUUUGCCACGAGCCAGCCUCGGUUUGAACUGCUCACCAAACAGUUGUGUGAUGUGUUUGCAGUUAAGAGUUACAACAAAACAUGUAAUAUGUUUUAUUUUUCCACUUUUUAAAUCCGUCUCUGAAGUUAAAAUGACCGUAAUUCUGCAUCAUUUUGGGGGGAAACCAUAUUUUCAUAUCAAGGGACCGUUAAAGGGGUCCUGACAGAGGUUGGGAAACAUGACAUAAAAGUAUUUUUAUGGUAUUAAAAAUUGUAUAUAUAAUAUAUUUGCAGCAUCAAAAAAAGAGCAUAUUUAAUUUAUGCAACAAAAAAAAAUACUGAACUUGUUUUUAAGAUUAGUUUAUCUUAUUGUCUUGUUUUUCUAAAUAAUGUUUACAAAAAUAACAAAUAAAAAAUUCAACUUAUAAUAUAUUCUGAGCAUCAAAAAAAGAGCAUAUUUAUUUUAUGCACCAAAAAAAAGGAAUUGUAUGUUGUGUUUCGGCAUUUAGGAUGAUGUGAAGUUUUACAUGAUGGUGUGUAGUUUAAAUGCCGUUUCAUGGAGUGUAAAACUUUGACAUGAUCUGUUUGUGUCUUUUAACUGUAAUACAGUGUUUUAUGUUUCACUGCUGUCGCGUGAAAACCUCCGAGGGUCUUUUUUGUUCCCUCGUGAUUUAAAAAUGCCAUUAGCUUUGUACAAUUGAACCUUUAAAAAAACAAACACUUUUUUUUUUUUUUUUUACAUUUGUUGACCCAAAAAGCCAAAUAAAUUAAUCACAAAUCAACUGCAGAAUUUACAUAUAAUUAAAACAUUGAUAAAGCUUAAUGUAGAUAUUUUUCUGUCAUAAAUUCAUCCUAUAAUCUCAAACCAAGCAGCGGAGGAAACAUCUCAACAUCAAUACGAAAUGUGCUCAUGCGACAGCAGUGUAUGUUGUAUUUAUUCCUGUUUGUAGAAAGUGUGUAUAUAUUGAUGAAGCCAAUCAGGGGACUAAUACAUUCCAGGAAGUACUAGCUUUGUUAUCAAUUUAAAGGAACACCAGGACAUUUACAAAAAGUCUUUAUUUCUUUACCACUAUUCUGACAAUGGGAGAAAACAAUCCACCAUGAUGCUCCUGAAAAUGACUAUUUUAAACGUCAUGGCAUUCCUUCAAAUUAAAAGCUAUGAAAACAGACAUUUCACUGUCCCAGUCCAAAUCCUUGAGGAAAACACUCAUAAAUCAUAUUUUGAUCUCCAACAUUACAAUUAACAUAGAUUUUCUGUUUCUCUUAGUUGUCUCUGUAUCUGUUUCAUUUUGUGUCCCUCAUCCUAAGUGUACACAAAAACAUCAAGUGACUGCAGCCCGUUGCACUAACAACCUGUCAUUCUCACCCUUAACAGUCUUAAUGCACCAGUGUACAUAAACAAUGACAACUUAAUGUGCAGUUGUUGUAAAUAAGGGCCUUGUUUUUGUAUUGUGACAUAGUCCAAGAUUUUAACCUGUGGAAUCACGUGGCAAAGAAAAAAAAUGGAGAAAAUCAGUGGAUUUUUGGGGAAGGAAGAUGUAAAGUGGGGAGGGAUUUAAAAAACAAUAAUAAGGGAGGGUAACUUUUUCCACAUGUAAAGAAACCUGGAUAACACAGCAGCUGCACACAGUUUGAAUAGUUGUAAAACACCAGGGGGUGCUUGAUUAUUAUGAAUGUUUUAAAGGGAGUAUAAUUAAGCACUUUCCAGGGAGUUCAGUUAUUUGAAAUGUGUUUGGGUGUAAUGUUGUCUUGGCAUGUUGUAUAGCGUCUUGCAUGUUCCUCCAUAUACAACUAUGUUAUCUUAGUGUAGUCAGUAGAGUAGAAACCAGCAAAAUAUUAAAAAACUGCAUCAGCAA